GUAAGCACAUAUAUGUUGCGCCUCGACGGCACGACGCUCCGCGCCGCCACCCGGCUGGCCGCCCAGGCCCGCUGCUCCGUCGCGUCCUGCGCGGGCGGCGGGAUCUACACGCGGCACUACAUCAACCUCAGCAACGGCGUGGAGGCGAUCGACGGCCUUCUCUCCGCCGGCGUCGCGCCCGAGGCGCUCGGCGUCUGCCGGAUCCAGUCGUCGCAGUGCGAGUCGCAGGACUACUCCGGCCUGCUCGCCAACCUCGACCACGACAUGAUGCUGCACCUCGCACUCGGCCACGAGUGCCGCGUGUACGACUUUGGGUCGCGAGGCGCGACGUGGGUGGCGGACGACGGGAGCGCGGAGCCGCUGUACGUGCCUCGCGCCAUCUGGUGGGGCCUGGAGUGGUGGCGCUACGCGCUGAACGACAUCUGGAGGCUGCCUGCGCAGCGCACGCCCAUCCUUCGCGGUGUCAACGUGGAGCGAAACUUUCGCGAGGCGCUCGGGCGGCUGAGCAAGAAGGAGCGGAGGAGGGUCAAGUACUACCGCCCCUUCACGCGCGACGGGCUGCAGGAGGUGCGCCUCAGCGGCUACUACGCGCCCGCAGAGACGGACGGAGAGCGCCAGCUGCAUCGCUCGGCGCUGCUCGGACUGAGCGACUCGCUUUGCAGGCGGGCGGAGGUUGGCGGCACUGGCUCGGGUCGAGGCUCAGGCAGCGAGCGAGAGGUGCGCGGGCUGAGAACCAGAGCUGGCCAGUAGGGAAGAGAGAGCUGGGUCGUUGGAUUCCGGAUCCCCGCGGUAGUGCGGUAGUCGUCGUGCGGCAGGGGCCUCUCUCGCAUCCUCGUCAGGUGCGCGGACUUGCCCUGUUCGACCCGGUGCGAAUGACUGGCCGCGCCGCCGGCUCGAGCGCGAGGGCCAAGCUCACGCGCCACUCUCGCGACGAGGACGAGGACGAGGAGAUGAGGCAGGCGUGGGCGAGGUAGCCCGCCGCCGCCGCCGCCGCCGCCGCGGUCGCCGGGGCGCGAGGCGGCGUGGAGUCCGCGGACUCGACUCUCGAGCGGACAGGCGCGCGCCGGCCGCCGCGCGGGGGUUCGCGCCCUCCACCGAGCACCGCGUACGUGCCUCUGCGCUCUGGCGGUUCGCCUUCGCGUCGUAUGUCGGAUGUGUCAAAAUGGCCAGCACCUCUGCUGGGGUUCUGUUC